AUGCAGUGUAGGGACAAGUACCAAUCUGGCAUUUGCACUGCGGUCAGAGGGGGGAGGGGGGGUGAGGAGUCGUUUUUAGAAGAUAAGCCAACUGGCACCCUUCGUCUAAAAGGGUUCAAGCGACGUCGGCUGAUUCGUCUUUCUAUUGUUCUGCUUUCUCUCUCUCUUUCUCUUUCUCUCUCUCUCUCUCUCUCGAAUUCUAUUUACUUGCGCGAAUAUGCGUCCUCGAUGAACCGCUUGAUCCGAUCCAGUCCGUCCUCUCGCGAAAACAUGACCGAAAAUACGCGUCUUUCUGUCGCUCCUUCAGACUGCCUGUGCACCGACCGGCUUGAAGAAAGGUUUUGCUUCCGAUUCUUGCCGUCAAGUCCCGCAAAAGCCAACAAAUAG